AUGAAGAAAGUAACUUUCUUCAAAUUCAUUGCAGUGUUAUGUUCACUGUUAAUAGCCAUUCCUAUUGCAAUAGUAAUUGCUGAUGAAAGACCCGAUGUUGGUACAGUUAUUGGUAUAGAUUUAGGUACGACCUAUUCUUGUGUAGGUGUUCACGUAAAUGGAAGAGUUGAAAUAUUAGCCAAUGACCAGGGUAAUCGUAUCACACCUUCGUACGUUGCCUUUACCGAUGAAGAACGUCUAGUCGGUGAUGCAGCAAAAAAUCAGUUUGCCAACAACCCUCAAAACACCAUUUUCGACGCCAAACGAUUGAUUGGUCGUCGCUUUACCGACAAAGAAGUUCAACAAGAUAUGAAACACUUUCCAUUUAAGGUUAUUGACAAGGACGGUAAACCGGCUAUUCAAGUCACCGUAAAAGGUGAACAAAAAGUAUUUACACCAGAAGAAAUAUCGGCCAUGGUUCUUGGUAAAAUGAAAGAAAUUGCCGAAUCAUAUUUAGGCAAGAAAGUCACACAUGCGGUAGUUACGGUUCCAGCAUACUUCAAUGACGCUCAAAGACAAGCCACAAAGGAUGCUGGCACUAUUGCUGGUCUUAAUGUCCUCCGUAUUGUAAAUGAACCCACAGCCGCUGCUAUCGCAUAUGGUCUUGAUAAAUCCGAUGGUGAACGUCAAAUUCUAGUCUAUGAUCUUGGUGGUGGUACCUUUGAUGUCUCUCUCUUGUCAAUCGAUGAUGGUGUUUUUGAGGUUUUGUCAACUGCUGGUGAUACACACUUGGGAGGUGAAGAUUUCGACAACCGGGUUAUCGAUCACUUUGUUAAGGUCUAUAAAAAGAAGAAUAAGGUUGAUGUUACAUCGGAUUUAAAAGCCAUGGGUAAAUUAAAGCGUGAAGUUGAAAAGGCCAAGCGUACUUUAUCCUCCCAAAUGUCAACUCGUAUUGAAAUCGAAUCAUUCCACGAUGGAAAAGAUUUUUCUGAAACUUUGACUCGUGCCAAAUUUGAAGAACUAAACAACGAUCUCUUCCGUAAAACGAUAAAACCUGUUGAAAAUGUGUUGAAAGAUGCAAAUAUUGAAAAGAAGGAUGUACAUGAUAUUGUUCUUGUAGGUGGUUCCACCCGUAUUCCCAAAGUUCAACAACUCCUCGAAGAAUUCUUUAACGGCAAAAAGGCCUCCAAAAAUAUUAAUCCUGAUGAAGCUGUUGCAUAUGGUGCCGCCGUACAAGGUGGUAUUCUUUCUGGAGACGAAAAUGUCAAAGAAGUUCUAUUGGUUGAUGUUUGUCCUCUUACUCUUGGUAUUGAAACGACCGGUGGUGUAAUGACAAAAUUGAUUCCUCGUAAUACUGUAAUCCCCACAAAGAAGUCACAAAUUUUCUCAACCGCCGCGGAUAAUCAACCUACUGUUUUAAUUCAAGUUUUUGAAGGUGAACGAUCUAUGACUAAAGAUAACAACUUGCUUGGCAAGUUCGAAUUGACAGGCAUACCGCCUGCACCACGAGGUAUACCACAGAUUGAGGUUACAUUCGAAAUUGAUGCCAACGGUAUAAUGAAAGUAUCUGCGGCUGAUAAGGGAACAGGAAAAUCUGAAUCGAUUACAAUCACCAACGAUAAAGGUCGUCUCUCCAAAGAAGAAAUCGAUCGUAUGGUUGAAGAAGCUGAACAAUUUGCCGAAGAGGAUAAGAUUCAAAAGGAACGAAUCGAAGCCAGAAAUCAACUUGAAAACUUUGCAUACUCUCUCAAAAAUCAAAUUGGUGAUGAUAAUGACCUUGGCAAGAAACUCAAUGAAAUGGACAAGAAAACUAUUAAAGAUGCAAUCAAGUCAGUUGAAGAUUGGUUAAAUGAACAUUCAAAUUCGGCGAUGAAAGAAGAUUUUGAUGAAAAACGAGAAGAAUUAGAAUCUAUUGUCAAUCCAAUAACUUCAAAAUUGUAUGCGGACCAAACUCCACCUUCACAAGACGAUGAAGAGCCACCAUCUCAUGAUGAGUUGUAG